AGCGCGGUGGUGGCAGCGGCUGCCCUCGUCACCCGCCGCCGCUUUCCCCGGGCUGGGGCGAUGGUGAAGCUCGCUGCUAAGUGCCUCCUGGCAGGAGAUCCAGCCGUGGGAAAGAGUGCUUUAACCCAAAUGUUCCGCAAUGAUGGGGCUCCUUUUCAGAAGAACUACACGCUGACAACGGGCGUAGAACUGUUGGUGAAGGCUGUAUCAGUUCCAGAGACAAGUGAUAGGGUGGAAUUCUUCAUUUUUGACUCUGCAGGAAAUGAUCUAUUUUCUGAAAUGCUGGAGAAACUGUGGGAGCAACCCAAUGUCCUGUGCCUUGUGUAUGAUGUCACUAAUGAGCAAUCUUUCAACAACUGUGCCAAGUGGUUGGAGAAGCUGAGGGCUCAAGCAGCUGGAGUGCACAUCCCAGGUGUCUUAGUGGGUAAUAAAACAGACCUGGUUGGCCGUCGAGUUGUAGAGCAGAAACAAGCACAGGAGUGGGCUGAGGAACAUGGCCUGGAGUACUGUGAGAUGUCAGUGAAGGAGAUGAAAAAUUUUGAGGCCCCUUUCCACAUCCUGGCAAAGUCAUUCCACCAACUGUAUAAAGAGAAAGUGGAAACCUUUCACUCACUAGUUUGAGGGGGUGUGACUGUCAUAUGACUGUGUAUCCUCUAAGCUUCUUCUAGUGCCCAGAAUCCAGCAGGAUGGAAUACAGAGAGAAGAAAAAAGAUGAGCUAUUUGCUUCUUUGUGGUCAUCUUCUGGUAAUUUGAAAUAAACUUGAAAUAAGCAGGGGGAAAGACACUCUUCAGAAGUUGCUACCUCAGCAUUUCUUUCAUGUCCUCUAACUUGGUUCUUUGCUCACUGAAAGUCUGCUAGGUUGGAGGAGGCGGGGAGUAAAAGGGGAGGGCAGAAUGCAAAUUGCCAGCUUUUUGCUUUGAUCUUGUCUCUAGUCUGAACAGACUUCCUGCUGCUACAAGCAAGGAUUUAGAGGUUUGGAGAAGGAGAAAGGAAGCUGACGGGAUGUUUUUCAACUGAAGCAACCCAACCUUGACACAUACAUUGCAGGGCAGGACUGAUUUGACCCUGCCACUUGAAAACUAUUUUCAGUAGGGCACCAGUGCCCUAAAAUCAACACAUGAAGACCGAGAUGUGUGGGGACCCAGCUGGAUUUACAUGUGUUUCUAGGAGUUUUAACAGCGUUACUCUUAUCAGUUGUAGGACCUAAAUGCGGAUGACUAAUACGUGCUUCUAACUCCUACAAUCUGGUUCUUUCCUUCAACGAUGCUCACUUUCACUGCCUGAUAGGAACUGUCUGGCAACUGUAGGGUUGACACUUGGUAAAGCACUGCCCUCUACUGGUCCCAGGCCACAAGAUUUCCUCAAGAAACUACCUCUUCUGAAGCGAGCAGGACUUCCUACAGUCACAUCCAAAUUGGCUUAUCUGUAAAAUGAGGUCAGAUAGCAAGAAUACCUCUUUCAUUCUAAAGAUGAGUCCAUAAUUUUAAACAAGUUAUCUUCUCUUCUUUGUGUCUUUGUCAUCUUUGUGGUUUCUUUUCAUUUUUCUUUCUGUCAGAUGAACUUUGCAAUACCAUAUUCUCAUUAGAUUCAGUUCUCAGUCUCUUACUAGAAUCAGAGUCCUCUUUGUUGUUCACCUUUCCCUGCUUGUCCUUGAAUUUUGGGUUAAAGAUCACGAUUCUGAUGUUGCUAGUGGAAACAGGACUCAGGAAAUGAAAGACAGCCUGGCUACGUUACUGUGACUCAGCCAAAGUCCUAUCAGAAAGAGUAAGAGCCUAGAAAGAGCUUCCCUUUUGUAUGGAGUACUGGUGUUGCAAUGUGUAAGAGUCUAUUUGCUAACGCAGGAUGUGAAAGCAUCCAUGGUAAGGUGCUGCCUUGUAACUGAGCCUAACAAUGAGAAGUCCAAAACUGUACCCUUUCUCUUCUCGCAGAUUGCAUUAACUUCUCUUGGGCAGAGGAAGCUGAAUUUUGUGGGGACUAAGCACUGCGUGAUUUUUAGAGGCAGGCUUUUCAGGAAUCUGUGACUUUUAUACAUGCCUUUUAUAACCGUUUUUAUGCUCAGUGCUAGGAAAAGUACCUUGUAUUGAAUGUAAGAAAUAUGGCUGCAGAUGUUGUAGCAGAGUUUAUGAAGCACUUCAAGAAUCUGGAGAAGCAGCUGGGCUCAUUUUACUGGCAACAAUGUGUGGAUGCUGGGAAUUAGCUGGGGAGCAUGAAUACCAGCUAAAGAGGUUAAGUAAGAGCUCGGCCGAGAAGAAAAGAAAAUGAAUAGGGUGUUUUGCUAGAAGCCAACUCAAAAAAAAAAGACAGAACCAGCUAGAAAAGCUCUUGCUUCCUCCAGAGAAGGAAGGAGUCCUCCAUGGGAGGAGUCACUUGGUUUUGAUUCAGAUUAGACUUAGUGGCUAUGGGUUGCCUUGUUAGUCCUGGGGGUUGUCUGUUGAUUUACAUGGGCUGAGUGUCGCCUGCAGGUACAAGUUCUUCCAACUAUUAAGAAUAAGAGUUGUUUUAGAUGCUAUGCUGAUCUAGUUAAAGAGCUAAAGAAAGUUUGUUUUGAUUUGGUAGCUCAUUUGCCUCUGGAUCUAUUGAUGAUGUGAUUACAAAGCAAGAUAGAUAUUUCUUCGUAUUGAAAAUAGCAGGACAGGUGUGCAUGCCACCUGCGACGUGGUAUAUGGAGGGAGUGAAUGCCUUGGGAAUGGGUGAUAAAAUGAAUCCUGUGCAAUCUGUAACUAAGGAGUUCAAUCUCUCUGCAUCAGGAGGACCUCCCAUAACUUUAAAUAUUCUAAAAUGCACCAGUAAGAUGAAGAUUGGUGGAUGCUGUUUUAUAAAUGAAUGCAAAAGCUGGAGCAUCUCGUUAAGGGAAUGCUUGCAGUGGUGAUUUGUGAUUUAUAGGGAAGCUGCUUUUGAGAGGUUAGU